AUGUCGACUUGCGAGCUGGGAGCGGACGAUAAGUUCGGUCCCCGGGUGAUUGGUUGCAGAGAUGACUUUGAUUUUACUCUACUCUUUGAGCAAGCUAUACUUUCGACUCCCUUAACCGCCAUUGCCACACUGGUGUGCAUCCAUCGCAUCGCACUCCUCUAUAAGCAGAGCGUCAAAACCAAGUCAGCCUCAUCAGGCUCAAAUAAGCCAAUUCUCAAGCAAAUCCCCCUCGCUUGUUUUAUUAUUACACAGCUUGUGCUUGUAGCGCUUUGGUCGUCGUCCAGUAAUGCGACUAGAAUUUCCGUUGCGGCCUCAGCAUUGUCCAUGACAGCAGGCUUGGCUCUGGCGACUCUCUCAUUCAUCCAUCACAGCAGGGCCGUUCGACCAUCUGGGAUUCUGAACGCUUAUCUAGCUUUCUCCACCUUGUUCGAUAUUGCUCAAGCUCGGACACUCUGGCUCAGACAUGAUCGUGCGCUGGCUGCUGUUUUUACAAUGGGACUCGUAUGCAAGGCCUUGGCCCUCUUUGCAGAGAUGAGAGAGAAAAGGAAGAUACUCAGAGAACCCUAUGCAAAUUAUCCGCCAGAGGCUUUGGGCGGCGUUAUAAAUAGAAGCGUGUUCUGGUGGAUCAACUCUCUCCUGCUCAAAGGUCGGUCGUCAAGUCUUCAACUAGAGGAUCUGUAUGAACUCGACCAGGAACUGAGUUUCGACCACCUGCACGCCAAAUUCCGGCAGUCAUGGUACUCCAGCGUCAGAAGGAAUCCUUCAACCAAAGCCCUAAUCGAGACUGUAUUCCGGUGCUUCUGGAAACAGAUCUCUUACAUUGUCUUCUACCGGCUGUGCCUCAUCGCCUUCAACUUUUGCCAACCUCUCUUGAUCCACAGGGCUCUUUCGCUCUUGCUUGAGCCCGAAGACAGCCCCAGCAGAAAGAAUGUUGGGUAUGCGCUGAUCGGCGCCACUUUGCUCAUCUAUAUCGGCAUCGCGGUGACCACGGGCCUUUUCAAACAUAAUCUGUAUCGACUUAUCAUAAUGCUGAGGGGCAGUCUUAUCGGGCUGAUUUAUGAAACGACUCUUCGUAUCGACUCUCACGCUGCCAAGGAUUCUGCCGCAAUCACGCUCAUGAGCACCGAUAUUGAUUGUAUGGCGACUGGUGUGGAAGAGAUGGAUGCAGUCUGGGCUUCUCCUAUCGAAAUUGCCAUUUCCAUCUACCUUCUUUACCAACAGGUCGGUCUGGCUGCUAUCACUCCAGUAGUCAUUGCAAUAGUUGUUGUCCUCAUAUCCGUCGCCAUUCGGAAGAUUUCUACAACGUCACAAAAGUCGUGGUUGGAAGCUACACAACGAAGAGUAGCCAUAACAUCCAUGGUUCUCUCAAACAUCAAGCCCAUCAAAAUGAUGGGAUUGACAGACAAUGUAGGCAAACUGCUACAAAAUCUACGCGUCAGCGAGAUCAAAGUAGCAAGCAAGUUCCGAACUAUUCUCACUGUUUCUCUCCUGAUUGCUACCGCGUCCUUGGCUCUCAUCCCAUUCUUCACCCUCACCACCUACGUAUUGAUGAUGCGAGCCAAGAACGAUAUAAAUUUGAGCCCUGUGGUGGCAUUCACGACAUUGUCCCUUGUCAGUCUUCUGGCCACUCCGAUCAGAUAUUUUGUCAAGGGAAUCCCCAAAGUUGCUGCUGCUCUUGGGUGCCUUCAACGGAUUCAAAAAUAUCUUUUGAUGUCUCAGAUAAUUCCUGAGAUAGAGUCUGGCGACCAGAGUGUGUUGGAUAGCCAUACAGACAAGAUAGAACUUCAAGGGCUGGCUGUCUCAAGGGGAAGAAGCGCGAACGGGGUGCCUCUCCUCUCUAUCGACAAGGCGGAUUUCAUAUUGCCGGCAACAACUACCCCAAUUCUCCGCAAUAUCACUCUUUCCAUCACAUCCGGCACGUGGACUGUUUUGGCAGGGCCUAUCGGUUGCGGAAAGAGUCUUCUUCUUUUGGCAAUUAUAAACGAACUCCGGCAUAUUAGAGGAACUGUCUCCCGUUCGCCUUCUCUAGAGAUUGGCUAUUGUUCUCAAGAUCCAUGGCUACCCAACUUGACUAUCAAGAAACUCAUUGUUGCGCACUCACCAUGGGACGAAGAUCUCUACUCGUCGGUUCUCGAUGUGUGCUUACUGCGUCGCGACUUACAAGAGCUACCUCAAGGAGAUCAGCAGGUGAUUGGUAGCAAAGGACUCAGUCUAAGUGGUGGGCAGAAGCAAAGACUGAGCCUUGCAAGAGCACUGUAUUCUCGCAAACAACUUCUGGUUCUUGACGACAUCCUGGGAGGCCUCGACCCAAAAACCGAGCAAAGCCUUGUGAAUAAUGUGUUUGGCAAUGGGGGCUUCCUUCGUAAGCAUUCAAUGACUGCUUUGCUGGCCACACAUUCAAUUCGCCAUGUUCGCCGAGCGGACCAUGUGAUAAUCAUGGCCCAAGGAGGGUCCAUUAUUGAGCAAGGCGCGCCCAGUGAGAUCAACGCUAUCGAACAUUCUGCAGAUGACGAUAUCAUCAGCCCUGGAGGUCUCGGCAGUAAAACAUCUUCCCUCAUAGAAGAGCCGAUUACACUCCAGAUCCAGCAUGAACCCCAAGGAGAGCCGGUGAAUCGUGAUAUGGAAUCCGAACUUUCUCGUCGGACCGGCGACUUCCGAUUAUAUCUCUACUACUUCAAGGCCAUAGGUUGGGCUACCUCAUCCAUUGCACUUGGAAGUGUUGUCUUAAUGGCUGUAUUUAUAAAGUUGACCACACUUUGGGUCCAAUGGUGGUCUGAAUCGGAACAAACCAAUCCAGGAAAGCAGACAAACAUGUAUAUUGGAGUAUGGGGUCUGAUUUGCGCCCUGGCUAUUAUAUCAACGGCAAUGGGACUUGUCAGCCUUCUGCACUACGCAAUGCCGCAUACAUCCAUCGGUUUGCAUCAGAGGCUCGUCGAUACGGUGAUGAGAGCGCCUUACUGGUUCCUUGUCUCUACAGACACUGGGAACCUGGUGAAUCGUUUCAGCCAGGACAUGUCCCUCAUCUGCCUGCAGCUACCAUUUGCCUUGGAAGAUACCAUCUUGAAUUUCAGUUUCUGUGUCCUGGGUCUGAUUCUCAUCACACUGGCAUCUAAAUGGUCGAUGACCAUAUACCCGCCGCUCAUCGUGGUUCUCUACUUCCUACAGAGAUUUUACCUCAUGACAUCUCGACAAUUACGUCUUUUAGAUUUGGAAGCAAAAUCGCCUCUCUACUCAGACUUCAUCCAGACCCUGCAGGGAGUGGUCACGAUCAGGGCAUUCGGCUGGCAGCAUGCGUCCAGCGCAAAGAGCGCAACCCUUCUUGAUAAAUCGCAAAGGCCAUUCUACCUCAUGUACAGUAUCCAGAGAUGGCUGAAUCUCGUCCUGGAUUUACUUGUCGCGGCAGUCGCCACUAUGAUCGUGGCUCUCGCAACUCAACUCAAUGACUCGUCGGCCGGAGCGCUCGGUGUCGCUCUGUUAAACAUUCUUAGGUUCAGCUCGGAUCUUGUCGAGCUGAUUCAGACUUGGACAGAACUAGAGACUUCUUUGGGCGCGAUAUCGCGCAUACGGGCCUUUGAAAACGAGAGCCCCUCGGAACGCUUGCCAGGGGAAAGAACUGAUCCCCCUGCACAGUGGCCAUUCCAAGGGAUGAUCCAGAUCGAAAACCUGUCGUCAAGCUAUAUGCCGGAUUCUGAGCCCAUCCUAAAGAAUAUCUGCUUGGACAUCGAGCCGGGAAGCAAGGUUGGUGUAUGCGGGCGAACAGGAAGUGGCAAGAGCACAUUUCUUCUGUCGAUGCUGAGGAUGGCAGAGCUCCAGAGCGGAGACAUCCUGAUUGAUGGCAUAUCAGUAAAAUCUAUGCCACGCAAUGUAGCGCGCCGUCGCAUCAUCACAAUGCCUCAAGAGGCACUCUUCCUCCCAGGUUCCGUCCGCUCGAACGUCGACCCACUGAACGAACACCCCGAUGAGGCGAUCUUUUCUGCAUUGAAUGAGGUGGGAAUACUCGACAUCAUCCUCGCGCGGGGAGGCUUGAGCGCCAAUAUGGAGGCCAUGGCUCUGUCCCAUGGGCAACAGCAACUCUUCUGUCUCACUCGUGUCAUUCUCAGCUCGUCCAAGGUUGUGCUUCUCGACGAGAUUACGUCCAGCGUCGACGCAAUUACCGAAGCCAAGAUGAUGGAAGUAGUGGAGAGGACAUUCCACGAUAGAACUGUCGUUGCCAUCGCCCACCACCUGCAUACAAUCCGAAAUUUCGAUAAGAUUAUUGUGCUAGACAAAGGAUGCGUGGUGGAGGCAGGCUCACCUAAAGAACUAUUGGGAAACCCGCUCAGUGUUUUCCGGGAGCUCUGGGAACGAAACCAUUAG